GUCCCCCUCACGUCAGUUUAUGGUAAGUCCGUGUCCACUCCUGCUAUACCGAAGGCGUCUAUCGGCUUUAUAAUCCGCCGUGUGAACCGGGAUGCUGGGGGGGGGAUCCAUAAAGCCGUGGGCUCCUGGGCAUGGUUCUGUCACCACCAGGAAAUGAAUGUUGUUUAACCCUCGUCUCAUUACCAGUGAACACGCAGCAGUACUGUCCGUAUGAGAGAGAGAGGCUCCUCUGUUGAAUUGUAGCCGUUUUGUUUGAAAUUCUUUGACGGUUGAGCAGCAGAAGCAGCCACAGGGAGCAGAACCAACAAGCCGCGGCCGCUUGACAGGUGCCGUCGCCCGGCUCUGCGUGGAGAGAUGCCGCCCGUCCAGAGAACGAUGUCUGAUCUUCGUACCCGGGCGGAAGGAUAUGAAAAGACAGAGGACACGUCAGAAAAAACAUCCUUAGCUGACCAAGAAGAUGCCCGACUGAUACACCUCAACCAGCCGCAGUUCACCAAGUUCUGCAGCAAUCGAGUCAGCACAGCCAAAUAUAACGUCCUCACCUUCCUUCCCCGGUUCCUCUACUCACAGUUCAGGAGGGCAGCCAAUGCCUUCUUUCUCUUCAUUGCACUCUUGCAGCAAAUCCCAGAUGUGUCCCCCACUGGUCGCUGGACCACGCUGGUGCCGCUGCUCUUUAUCCUGGUGGUGGCUGCUGUCAAGGAAAUUAUUGAGGACCUGAAACGUCACAAUGCUGACGGUGUUGUCAACAAAAAGGAAUGUCAAGUAUUGAGGAAUGGUGCCUGGGAGAUUGUGCAUUGGGAGAAGGUUGAGGUGGGCGAUAUUUUUAGAGUAAAUGGCAGGGAUUUCGUUCCUGCGGAUGCUGCCAUUUUAUCGUCCAGUGAACCGCAGGGUAUGUGCUACAUUGAAACAUCUAACUUGGACGGAGAAACAAACCUUAAAAUCAGACAGGGUCUCCAAGUGACUGCAGACAUAAAGGACAUCGACAGCCUAAUGCGUCUCUCUGGGCGGAUGGAGUGCGAGAGCCCAAACCGCCAUCUGUAUGAGUUUGUUGGGAACAUCCGGCUGGAUAGACACAGUACGGUACCACUGGGUCCAGAUCAGAUCUUAUUGAGAGGAGCUCAACUGAGGAACACUCAGUGGGUGCAUGGUGUGGUGGUCUACACUGGACAUGACACAAAGCUUAUGCAGAAUUCUACUCGGCCUCCUCUGAAGCUGUCCAACGUGGAGCGGAUCACCAACUUUCAGAUCCUUGUGCUGUUUGGCUGCCUGCUAGCCAUCUCUCUGGUCUGCUCUAUUGGCCAAACCAUCUGGAAGUACCAGUACGGCAAUGAUGCCUGGUACAUGGAUCUCAACUAUGGCGGGGCAGCUAACUUUGGCCUCAACUUCCUCACCUUCAUCAUCCUGUUCAACAACCUGAUCCCCAUCAGUCUCCUGGUCACCCUGGAGGUCAUCAAGUUCAUCCAAGCCUUUUUCAUCAACUGGGACACUGAUAUGCUCUAUGAGCCCACAAACACACCGGCCAUGGCUCGCACCUCCAAUCUGAAUGAAGAAUUAGGCCAGGUAAAAUACAUUUUCUCUGAUAAGACGGGGACCCUGACCUGCAACGUGAUGCAGUUCAAGAAGUGCACCAUUGCUGGUGUUGCCUAUGGUCACGUCCCUGAGGCUGAGGAGGGUAGUUUUGCAGAGGACGACUGCCACAGCACACACUCGUCAGACGAGGCAGGAUUUAAUGACCCGAGCUUACUGGAAAACCUCCAGAGUAAUCAUCCUACAGCUGCUGUCAUCCAGGAAUUCAUGACCAUGAUGGCCAUCUGUCACACUGCAGUCCCAGAGCGCACGGAUGGAAAAAUCACCUACCAGGCUGCAUCUCCAGAUGAAGGAGCUCUGGUGAGAGCAGCAGAAAACCUUGGCUUUGUAUUUUCUGGUAGAACUCCAGACAGCGUCAUUGUGGAAAUGCUCGGAGCAGAGGAGAAGUAUGAACUACUUCACGUGCUGGAAUUUACAAGUGCGAGAAAAAGGAUGUCAGUCAUCAUGCGCACCCCAUCUGGAAAGAUCCGCCUCUACUGCAAAGGAGCUGACACAGUGAUCUAUGACCGUCUGGCAGACAGCUCUAGGUACAAAGAGAUCACAUUGAAGCACCUAGAACAGUUUGCCACUGAAGGUCUGCGCACUCUGUGCUUUGCGGUGGCAGACGUCAGUGAGUCGUCCUAUCAGCAGUGGCUGGAGAUCUACCACAGAGCCUCCACCUCCCUGCAGAACAGAUCCCUAAAACUGGAGGAGAGCUACGAACUGAUAGAGAAGAAUCUGCAGCUGCUUGGGGCCACAGCAAUAGAGGACAAGCUCCAGGAUAAGGUGCCCGAGACCAUUGAGACUCUGAUGAAGGCAGACAUCAAGAUCUGGAUCCUGACAGGGGACAAACAGGAAACAGCCAUCAAUAUUGGACAUUCCUGCAAACUACUGACCAAGAACAUGGGCAUGCUUGUGAUCAAUGAAGACACACUGGAUAGAACAAGGGAAACACUUAGCCACCACUGUGGAAUGCUGGGAGAUGCCCUCUACAAGGAGAACGACUUUGCUCUCAUUAUUGACGGGAAGACUCUCAAAUACGCCCUCACAUUCGGAGUGAGACAGUACUUCCUGGACCUCGCCCUGUCCUGCAAAGCUGUCAUAUGCUGCAGAGUGUCCCCCCUUCAGAAGUCCGAGGUGGUGGAGAUGGUAAAGAAACAAGUGAAGGUGAUCACGCUGGCCAUUGGUGAUGGUGCUAAUGACGUGGGAAUGAUCCAGACUGCUCAUGUCGGUGUGGGAAUCUCAGGCAACGAGGGCCUGCAGGCAGCAAACUCCUCUGACUACUCUAUUGCCCAGUUCAAAUACUUGAAGAAUCUACUGCUCGUCCAUGGAGCCUGGAAUUACAACCGGGUAGCCAAGUGUAUCCUGUACUGCUUCUACAAGAAUAUUGUCCUCUACAUCAUUGAGAUCUGGUUCGCGUUCGUCAAUGGCUUCUCAGGUCAGAUCCUGUUUGAACGCUGGUGCAUUGGCUUGUACAACGUGAUCUUCACUGCUCUGCCUCCUCUUACUCUGGGAAUAUUUGAGCGCUCCUGCAGGAAAGAAAACAUGCUGAAAUACCCAGAACUCUACAAAACCUCCCAGAAUGCUAUGGGCUUUAAUACCAAGGUCUUCUGGGCCCAUUGUCUGAAUGGCCUCUUCCACUCCGUCAUCCUCUUCUGGUUCCCCCUUAAAGCCUUCCAGCAUGAUACAGUUUUUGGCAACGGAAGAACUCCAGACUAUCUCCUCUUAGGCAACAUGGUUUAUACAUUUGUGGUCAUCACAGUUUGUCUUAAAGCCGGCCUUGAGACCUCAUCCUGGACCAUGUUCAGUCACAUCGCCAUUUGGGGAAGCAUCGGCCUGUGGGUGGUGUUUUUCAUUAUCUACUCCUCGCUGUGGCCCCUCAUCCCUCUUGCUCCCGACAUGUCAGGAGAGGCGGAGAUGAUGUUCAGUUCAGGAGUCUUCUGGACGGGCCUGGUCUUCAUCCCUAUCACCUCGCUGGUCUUUGACGUGGCCUACAAAGUGGUGAAGAGGGUGUGCUUUAAGACUCUGGUGGAUGAGGUGCAGGAGCUCGAGGCUUUAUCCAAAGAUCCGGGAGCAGUGGUGCAUGGAAAGAGUUUGACGGAGAGGGCCCAGCUCCUGAAGAACGUCUUCAAGAAGAGCACAGUCAGUUUGUACCGGUCUGAAUCCAUGCAGCAGAACCUGCUCCAUGGCUACGCCUUCUCUCAAGACGAGAACGGAGUGGUGUCUCAGUCUGAGGUUAUCAGAGCAUACGACACCACCAAACAGAGGACCAACGAGUGGUGAGCCGCCGGCCAACCUGGAGCCACAGCAGCCGUUUCUGAUGGCAAAUUUGAAGCUUGACCAGGAGAAGGCGAGGUGCGAGCGCGUGCCUCCAGCACUGAGGGGAUUUUUUGGGGCGUGAAUAUUAAAUGGACAGAGGAGAGGGACAUGGAGUUGUCUUUGAAAAAGGGAAGAAAAAAACAAACAAGGAACAAAACAAAACAUGUUCACUAUCAGCUGUAGUUGUGUGUCCAGCAGACAUGAUGAGCACUGUGCUUUAUUAGCGGUCUGUGGUCUGAAGUUCUUCACUGUUCUCGCUUGUCUCCUCUCAAUUGAAUAUCAUCUAAUAUCAUUUAAUUAAAUUCAAAUCAAACUCCUGAACACUGUUAUUAUAGAAGUUGAAACACUGGACGAUGAUUAGUUUUAGAGGAUUUGAACUUGUAAAAGAUUGCCAAAGAGCAGUCGUAUAUACAAUCUUCCAAGUAACUAGUGAAUUCGGAAAACCAAAUGUAAUCACACUCCCGAGUGUAUUCCAGCACUAAACGGACCACUUCAGAGCAGACAUUUGUAAUAUUUAACUUUUUUGUUUUGCACUUAAGGAAGCAUCUAUUGUGUAAAGCCUUACAUUUGCUCAUGCCUUCAUCCUUGUUUCUUUUGAAAUAUGUUUGUUUUAGUUUCAUUUUUAAAGUGUGUAGAUAUUGUGCCUGGUUUUAUUUAUUUUUUCCUUUUUAUUUUAUUUUUUUCAAGAAGUUGCCUCCUGCAACCUACCGUAGUCCCGUUUCCACCGUUAUUACAGCAGAAGCAUUGCUCUUGACAAAUAAUUGCAUUCCACACAUCACUCCUGUCUCAACGAUCACAAUGGUGCCUACGUAGAACUUUUCCCUCGUAGAAGAAAAAGAUAGCCAAGAAUAGUUUAGCCAGCUAGCUUAGACCAGUGCUCCACACACACCUACUAAAGACAAAAUCACUGUCUCCCCGCCACAAUAUUGCACUCGUACAAUGUGAAAACUACAGAGUGCCUUGUGGCACAUGUAUAAACUAAGAUUUGUUCCUGCAGAGGUGAACGGGAGGCUAACUGAUGGUCUUGUUGAAGCUUACAGUGGUGAUAGUGUUUCCCUUAAAAUGGAGAUUUUAUCCUUCUAACAUAAGUGCCAUUAGCUUAAGGGAGAGAAAUAUUAGCCAGGAAAACUCCACGACAAUAUCAAAACUACUUUGUCUCUAUAGUUAUUUUGUGGAUUUGUAUUUUUAUAUUGGAGAUGUAUGAAUUUUGCAUUGACUGGCUUUGUAAUGAACUGUCUGUAACUUUUAGUUUUUUGUUCCUCUGAUAAACGGCAGGAUAGAAUAGAUCGAAUGAGGAAACUGAGCUUUCUUAAAUGUCUUGUUAUUAUUAAUAUUAAUAUUGUUACAGCUUGAUUUAUUUAUAAUUGACUACUUAAUGUCCGUGUGAUUGCUUUCUUCUCCCUAUGGGAGAUCAGAUUUCUGAUGGUGUGUGUGAGUGUCAGUUUAUUGCCUGCAUGUGCAUGUGGUGUGUGUGUGUGCCUGUGUGUGUGUGUGUGUCACCUCUACUGUGGAUAAUGUCUAUGUAUGCAUUGCAUGUCUGUGUCCUCUAUGUGAAUCCAGGAGUUUCUGGCAUCUCAGUCCUCCUGGUGUGUUUGUUUUAUGGUGUAUGUAUGUGUGUGUGAGAGAGUGUGUGAGAGAGUGUGUGUGUGUGUGUGUGUGUGUGUGUGUGUGUGUGUGUUGUGACGCUUGCUCCAGAUGUCCGUCUGCACGACUCCAGGUAUAACUAUGGUGUACUACUGUGUGCUGAUGCAUGGCCCGUAUGGGGAAGUGUGAAUGUUGUGUGUGUGUGUGUGUGUGUGUGUGUGUGGUCACACUCUCAGACUGUGGGAGUUCCUGAUGCUCAGCUUGCUUCGACAGGAGAUGUUGCACAAAGCACUCGAUGUACCUUUUCCAGUUGUGGAUAUCUGGUAUUAUCUGGUUUCGGUAUAUGAUUUCUCUUGAGCGUACAUGUUUGUAACUUGUUUUCUUAAUGCAGUGUACCUCUGCUUUACAAGAAAGCUCUUUUGUGUUUCUCAGCUUAUUGAGGGUUUAUGAUUCUUUUUCUCUGCUGGUCUUUAGUGUUAAAACUUAAUUGGUCGUCAUUUUUGUCAAAUAUUUCCAAACUGCUGAAUGUGGAUGUUGUCGUCGUGGAAGGCUUGGACUGUUGCUUUCUUUUUCCAGAAAACAUAAAACACAUGUUGUUGUCUGUGAAAGUCGUGGGCUGCAUGAAUGGAUAACACAAACUGUUCUCUGAAAUGUUAACUGUACUACUUUAAUUCUCCCUCAAGUGUUGAUCACUUCACAAAAGAGAAAAAAACGCACCUUUAACUUUUCUGUUCGAUAUUUGCUUCUUUUCCGUCAUUUUGUUCAAUGAUUGUUCUGCAUGUUGGGACUGCAAACUUAUAAGUGUUGUCUUUUACUGCCAUGAAGGACUACUGAAAUAAACUUUACAAUCAUUGAGGAA